AUGGUUAGGCCAGGAGCCAGUGUCAAAGGGUGGCCGGAGUGGGAGGUGGCCGCGGCGCUUGUGUACACCCAGAUUCGCAGUAGCCCUGGGGGCCAGAGCCGUGCAACCCGGGUGCAGCUGGCCCCGUGGCCGCGGGGUGGAGCCCGAGGACCGCAGACGCCGGAUCUAGGGCGCCGGCCAGGCGGGAGGGAGCGGCGCGCCGAGUCCUCAGGCGCCUCUGCGUUUCCCCGGGGACUGCGGGGCUCGGGGUGCAGGGAAGACCCGGGGACCGCAGAACGGCUGGAGUCUCCGCGCUCUUCCUCCGCGCAGACGAUCGCGGGUCCCCUGGUCCAACAGGUUCACCGGGCGCUGCGGGACACCGGACCGCGCCUCCGUCUGCCGCGCUCCCGCUGCAGAGAGGGCAAGGGGCCUGGGGACCCAGUUCUGGACAGUCUCCCCCGACAGCCUGGACCACUCAUCCUCGCCAUCUCAUAG